UCCGAACAGGGUAGCUUAACUUCCUGGUCCUCGUGCUCUUUCUUCCCCUCCAUGCCAAUCUUCAUCGCCAUCCCUCCCCAUCUUUGGAUCCGUGAGCAUUUGGGUCGCUGCCGGUUGUGCCAUUUGGGUUUUUAAGCGCAGUCUCUAAGCUUGUUGGGUUAUCUGUAUUGUGGGACGCGCUGUUUGCCGUGCUCAGCCUGGGUUUGUUGUUGUAUGCUUUGGUAGUGACGAAGGUAUCGUUGCUGUGAGAGUCGUGGUUCAGUUGGGUUUUUAGUGUUUAGGGUGCGAGGGAGAAGGCAGGUUGCGGAGUUUAGGUUUUUGGUGAGCAGAGCGAGUGAGUUGGAAUUUGUGUUCAAAGGGUCUGUUGACCUAAUUUUGGGCAUGGCCAUUGAGAUAACUAGUGACCUAAGCAAACAGACCGUGCAUCCUAUUUGUAUUGAUUGGAAGGUCCCGACGACUAUCAAGCUUCCGGAGAAAGUCCUGUUUAGUUUUUGAAAUUUGGCUGAAAGCUCCUACCGAAGUGGUGGAUUUUUGUGAAACUUCGAGAAGCAGACAUGGGUGAUGUAGUGGAUCUGACCGGCGACGGCGGAGUUGUUAAGCAGAUUGUUCGGAAAGCCAGGCCUGGAGCGCUUCAUCCGUCGGAAAAUUUGCCCAACGUCGAUGUACAGUAUGAAGGCAAAUUUGCUGAUACAGGUGAAGUUUUCGAUUCUACGAAAGAGGAUAACACUGUGUUCACCUUCGAGAUUGGAAAAGGGAGUGUUAUUCGCGCCUGGGACAUUGCAGUUAAGACCAUGCAAGUCGGUGAAGUUGCAAUCGUCACCUGUAAGUCUGACUACGCUUAUGGUCAAGCCGGGUCAGCUCCCGUAAUUCCACCUGGAGCGACCUUGGUGUUUGAGAUUGAGCUGCUCAGUGCGCGUCCUCCAAGGGGAUCCACACUCGACAGUGUAGCAGCAGAGAAGGCUAAGCUGGAGGAAGUUCGUAAGGAGCGAGACCUUGCCGCUGCGAAGAAGGAGGAAGACAAGAAGAAAAGAGAAGAAGCUAAGGCGGCGGCUGCUGCACGGAUGCAGGCGAAGAUGGACUCUAAGAAAGGCGGUGGCAAGAAAGGCAAGAAGUAAUCCAGCAUCUGUUAGUUUUUCUUUUUCUUUUUCCCCCAAGUACCCAUUCUUGUGUUUCUCCCUCUGUAGGAGAUAACAUAGCAUGUCUUAAUCUGGCUCUAGUAUAUUCCUUGUGCUCUUCAACAUGGACAAGUAUAAACUUGUAAAUGUACUACUUCUUUUGUAGGAUUGUGUUCCUCAAUUACAGAGGUUUUCAGCAUACUGGUUAGUAAUUUUUCUUGACAUUUCGGACUAUCUCCUUACAUUACAGGUGUUAGUUGAGUAUGUUUAAGGUUCUGUGACUUGAUUAUCUUCACUUCAGACAUCCGGACAAAAGGUAGCUAAUUGUGUGUUCGUCGCAAGAAUUUACCACCAUUGGUUUGCAUUAUUGAUUAAUGAACUGGAAGUUGUUUGUUUACUCUU